UACAUUAGGAAGUCUGGUGUGGGUACAAAAUUACAUGGGAGAACUCCCACCUGAUCGUGGCUUUGCACCUGCCUGUAGCUGACACCUCAUUCUGAAUUCCGUUACUGAGUUCCCUCGUACUACCUCAGUGCACCGAUGUGAUGAAAUCAUCCGUGUGGACGCUUUGUACGCGACCUCCGUGCAUAUGACAACGACACACAAACUCACCAAUUUAAACGGCGCCAAGGACGAACAGCGGAUUCCAGGAUUCCAGCGGAUUUCAAGGUCCGUGAACGUGGCCACACAGGUAGAUUGGACGGUGAAGAAGGCAGGUUGCCGACUUGGUAAGGCGCAGAACAUACAAAGUACAUUCUUUAUUUAUUGUACUAUAUGCAACCCUGGGAUGUGUCUCCUUACAGGCAGAACAAAGAAACGCAGUAGAGCUCUGGUGAGACCGCACUUAGAGUAUUGUGUUCAGUUCUGGUCACCUCGUUAUCGGAAGGAUGUGCAAGCUAUGGAGAGGGUGCAGAGGAGAUUCACCAGGACGUUGCCUGGUUUGGAGAACAAGUCACGUGAAGCAAGUUACGUGGUCCGAGUUCGAGCAGUAGUGAUGACCCGUGACGACUCCAGCGGAGGAUGGGUGCCCCUGGGUGGAGCAGGCCUCAGCCACGUCACCAUUGGUCGGGCGGUGAGGUCGGACGCCAGUGGCCAGGGCGGCUUCCUGAUCCGCGGUGAGCGCCUCCGUGACCAGGCGGUGAUCCUGGAAUGCCGCCUCAGGAGGGACCUUGUCUACAACAAGGUGAACCCCAUCUUCCACCACUGGAAAGUGGACGAGGACAAAUUCGGCCUCACGUUCCAGAGCCCCGCCGAUGCAGUCAGCUUUGAGAGGAGCGUUGAGAGCGCCAUCGAGGAACUGGCCGAAGGGUCUCUGACCUCUUCCUCGCCGAGUCAGGGAGGAGCUGACGUCGCUGAGGACACGACUGCCGCACACACGGACAGCGAGUCGUCGUCCAACAGCAGGAAGGAGAUGCUCCCGAAACACAUCACCAUUGUCACCAGCGAAUCGUCCUCCAGCUGCUACAUCAGGUCCCCGGUCUCCGAUGAAUUCUGGCUCAGCCACGCCGAGGCAGACACGCCACACGGCCAGGUCCCCGGCAGGACGCCCCGGCCCGACGAGGAGGAGGAGCUGGAGGCCAUCAACCCGUGCAAGGAGCCGUGGGUGGCCAAGGGCUACGAGGACUACCGCAGGGCCGCCCUGCACGGCGCCCCGGGCGAGCGGGACAAGCCGGAGCUGAGCGUGCACUUCGCCAAGGGCGAGGCGGGGGAGGGCGCCGGCGGCCUGGCCGAGCGCCCGGCCUGUCGGGAACCGCGGGGCUCGCCGGCCUGUCGGGUCCGCGGGGCCGCCGCGGCCGCCGCCUCGCCCUGCCUGAAGAAAGCGGGCGCCUCGGCCUCGGCCUCGGCCGCCGCCGCCGCCGCCGCCGCCGAGGAGGACGCCGCCCCGUCGCGCUGCGUCUACUGCCGCGGCGUGUUCCGCGACCGGGAGAACGGGCGGGGCCGCUGCCAGGACGCGCCCGACCCCGGGCAGCGCUGCGUGCACCAGCUGAGCUGCAUGUGGUGCGCCGAGAGCCUGCUCUACCACUGCAUGGCCGACUCGGAGGGCGACUACUCGGACCCCUGCUCCUGCGACACCAGCAGCCGCCACUUCUGCGCCCGCUGGCUGGCGCUGGCCGCCCUCUCCCUCCUCGCCCCCUGCAUGUGCUGCUACCUCCCGCUGCAGGCCUGCCACCGCUGCGGCGAGCGCUGGGGCUGCUGCGGGGGCAAACACAAGGCCGUGCGCUGAGCGGCCGCCCGGGCAGAGCGGGCUCCAACAAGGCGAAGCGAAGCGAGGCGGGCGCUUUGGGCGGCGGCGGCCGCCGCCCCGCGGAAACGUCUGGACGGCUGCGUGGCGGAGUCUGAGGCUGUGCGUCUGUCUCACCUCAGCCAGUCUUUACUGACCCGGGCACCGGAGAGGGCAGCGUUGGUUUGACUGCACCCCUCGUCCAUGGGACACCGGGGGCUAACUUUAGAAGUCAGUCUGUCUUGUGUGAUGCACUUAAAUAAGGUGGUACCUUGUCAUUAGAAGUCAGUUCCCCCCUCACAAACUGACCCCUACCCACCCAGGGUCCGACUGAUGGGCCAGCGUCAGAAUCUGAUUUAAUCCUUGAUUUGUACCUGGUGAAAUUAUUCUAAUGGAUAGCCCGGUUUUGGGAGGUCCUGGUUUCCUCCACUGCUACAGUAACGCGGUUGCCCCUGAGCUCCGGGAAGAGUUCUGUGGAAUCCUUUUCCUCGUUUAUAUACUUGCGGUUCAUCUAUCUUUGUACAGCAGAUCAGUGUGGGCAACAGUGUUCCCUUGUCCAGUGGUUUGGGUCCCGCUCCAGGGACGCGGGCUCUCUCCCAUUGUACAUACCCACCACCUGGCCCGCCUCUUGCAUGAAGGUGCUUUAUCUCGGUCUCCCUCCCUCCCUCCGGCAGGCACGCCUACCUCUCCGCCUUCCCCCCCCCCCUUCACACGUGCCCUAAGGUCUGCCCCCUCGUCCCGACCUGACACACAGCUGCAAUCGAAGACCGGCGUGCAAGCUCAAUAGUCCCUCCCCUCGUCCCACCCACUUUACACCGUGGUCCGCGUGGCGGAUUUCCGCAGUGGCCAGAACUGUUCAACUUUCGCUGGAAGUGACGGUGUGGGAUGGUGAAUGUACCCUUCUUGCUCCUCGCCCACACUCAGUAUCAAAUUUAAUACCACAGUAGGAUUUGCUGUUUUGAGGCAGCAGUUAAAAAAUAUAAAUUACAAUAAUAAAUAUGUGUAUAUAUAUAUAAUUAAAUAAGUAAUGCAAAGAGAGCGAAAAACCAUUGGGGUCGUUCACAUGGGGUUCAACCUUCGCCCAUUCCUUGUGAGGUGGCAUACAUUGGGAUCUAACUCUACCCCUUCUUUGUGAGGUAGUAUGAUUGGAUUCAAUCAGUCUGCCAUCUUGGAUGGACCUCAAAAGGUCCUCUCCACUGCCUGGCCACCGAGGGCUGUGGGGAGAGGAGAGGAGGGGAGGGAGGGGCAGAUUUGGGAUCGAUAGGGCUGCUGUGUGAAAGUCGGGUGCAAACUGGGAUAGACUGAAUGGCCUGCUCAGGGUUGGGUGAUGCUUUUCCCCAGUUGCAGUGGGCUACAGAGGCAGCGUGAUCCAGAUGUGGGGCAUUUGGGGAUAGCUUGUGGGACUGUAGAAGGGAUCUUUUUGAUUUGUCUUCGUGGGUUGGUCAAGACGAAACUAGUGGUUUCCCGGUGUGAUUGGUGAUGGGUGGCUGCUUAUAAUGUGCAACUGUUUUGAACCUGAUCUGCACCUGUACCUCCACUGCAAGGCUCCCCAAAUUUGUUAUGGCAUGAACCCCGACCAUUAACCGAGGGGUCCGCGGACCCCACUUGAGUAGGAGGUCCCAACCUGGGUCCAUGGACCCAUUGGUCCGUGGCAUAAGAAGGGCUGGGAAACUGCUCUACUGACUGGACUGGCAGUGUGGGGCAGGAAUCCAUAGGUACUUGUGACUGCUUGGACAAACCUGGGGAAAUGGACAGCUUUUUAUCACCCCCCCCCACCUCCCACAGUUGUUUUAGCAUCAGUAAUGGAGUAAUAUCUGUAGUGUUGCACACAUUCUGUAGAUGUGAGGGUUUGUACUAAUCACCUUUCACUUAAUUCCAUCACAUUUGGGCCAAACAAUAGUCAAAUUUCUCUUUUUUUCAACUUGCUUCCCUUUAUCCCGAUUACUAACAGUUAGACUGAGCAUUCUCACACCUAGGUUAAUUUUCAGUUAAUAUUUAUAUUAAUAUUUCACUUGUGUUCUUAACAUAAGAUCUCGGAGCAGAAUAAGGCCAUUUACCCCAUCGAGUCCGAUCUGUCAUUCCAUCAUGGUUGAUCCAUUUUCCCCUCUCAGCCCCAAUCUCCUGCCCUUUCCCUGUAACCCUUCCUGCCCUGACUAAUCAAGAACCUAUCAGCUCCGCCUUAAAUCUACCCAAUGACUUGGCCUCCACAGUUUCACCACUCUCUGGCUAAAGAAAUUCUUCCUCACCUCAUCUUCUAAACGGACCUCCUUCCACUGCUCAGUGUUGUUAAUCUGUUAAUAGCACUCGGUAUUUGAUAGUAACACCAUUAAUAUUCAGUAUGAAUCUUUGCUAAACUUACUAAUCUUACAAAUAAUAUUUGGUAAUAGCAAUCUGCUUAACAGUUCUCAGUAUUAAUGCUUGUUUUCAAAGUGGGGCCAAGUAGUUGAGAAUAUGUCAAAGAUGAUUCUCACUUCCAAAAUAGAAUAAUAUUUGGAAUUCACUAAUAUUUAAUAGAGCUUUUAUAUUAAUAUUUGACCAUAAUAUUCUGUACUAAAUCAAUUUUAAUACUCGGUUUGAGUACUCUGGGCUGACUGUCCUUCCCCACGGGAAAAGUGCACAAUUCCUCACCGAGGAACGCUACUAAACUGAAAUUAUGCUUUCCCUCUCUCUCUCUCGUGUGAAAAGACAUUGACCUAGAAUCCCCUAGAAGCUUCCAGAAUGAGAGCCAGACCACAGAGAUGAGAUGCUACCUUAGUUGUGAUGGCUUCUCUCCAUGGAUGGAGAAUAAAGACCCCAGUGCUGAUGGUUGAGGCUCCUCUGAAGUGAUGUGCCCCAAAGGGAUAGUAUCCCCGCUGGAUUAAUUGGGUAACGGUUACGGGAGGGACGGGGUUACAUUGCUCCCUGUGGCAGUGAAAGAUGUUUCAGGUGCCAGAGCACCAACAGCCAUUCUUAGAGUUGGUCUUCAGCUGAGAGUUUGGGACUCGCCCACUGAGGGAUGGAACUAAUACAUGUGUCCAGAGAGCUCUGCUUGUCCUCUAGGAGACCAGAUCAGGGUGUUGUUGGCUACUAAGGUGAUGGGCUUGUGUUGCACCCACACCUGCAUACAAACAUGCACCCUCAAACAUACUGGUCACUGUUCCCAAUGGCUAAAUCACCAACACUGAUCUGAUAUCACCAUCCACCUGGUCACCCUUAACCCAAACCCCACCCAACGUUCAUCCCCCACCCAAUACCCUGUCACCCACACAUCACCCAUCACCCAACCCAACACCCAUCACCCAACCACCUCAUCAGCCACCCAACACUCCAUCACCCAUCCAAAAUCCAUCCCCCACUUGUCACCCACCCAACACCCAUCCCCCAACCACCUCAUCAGUCACCCAACACCCAUCCCCCAACCACCUCAUCACCCACCCAACACCCAUCCCCCAACCACCUCAUCAGCCACCCAACACCCAUCCCCCAACCACCUCGUCAUCCACCUGACCUGUCACAUACCCAAUACCCAUACCUCACCCAAACCUCAUACAUCGUCAGGCCUCAUACAUGCCUUUACCCCCCCCCCCACACACACACACAUCACACACACUGACACUCCUGUCCACGCACCUACGCACACAACAUACAAAACACUCUCUCACACACACAUACACCCACCCACACCCUCAUGCACACCUACAUGCUCACGUACACACCUUCAUACUUAUAUGCUCACCUCACGUACACACACACUCACCAUUGAGAUUUGGCAAUUCCAUGACAGACACACCAUCACUCUGACUCCCCCAACCCCUCUGGCACACCCCAACCCCUCUUUGACCCACUCCACACGCACAGCCCGUGUUCAUGGACCAGGCCCACCAUUACUGACUGACCCUUGACAUUGACCCAGACCAGAAUAAAGGACCAGAGCCCGUUGAUAAGAUCGCUAUCAAACUGUCCCAUCACCAGUGACCCUUUUACCACUAAUCUGCUCAUCACCAACACAGGGGUCCACCCUAUCUCUGAUCAAUGUCACUGUCCUGUCCCACCACAACUGUCCAGCAGAGAUCUUCACCGACACCAGAACAGACAUCUCCACACAUCCAUUACCAACUAGCAGACCAUCACUGUAUCCACCAUCACCAAUAACAUCACAGUCACCAUCAACAUCAUCAUUGUCACCAUUACUAUCACCAUCAUCAUCAACAUCACAGUCACUAUCAACAUCAUCAUUGUCACCAUUACUAUCACCAUCAUCAUCAACAUCACAGUCACCGUCAACAUCAUCAUUACCAUAUAACAAUUACAGCAUGGAAACAGGCCAUCUCGGCCCUUCUUGUCCAUGCAGAAUGCUUACUCUCACCUAGUCCCACCUACCUGCACUCAGCCCAUAACCCUCCCUUCCUUUCCUGUCCAUAUACCCAUCCAAUUUUACUUUAUACCGAACCUGCCUCUACCACUUCUACUGGAAACUCGUUCCACACAGCUACCACUCUGAGUAAAGAAGUUCCCCCUCCUGUUACCCCUAAACUCUCAACUCAUGUCCUCUUGUUUGAAUCUCCCCUACUCUCAAUGGAAAAAGCCUAUCCACGUCAACUCUAUCUAACCCCCUCAUAAUUUUAAAUACCUCUAUCAAGUCCCCCCUCAACCUUCUACACUCCAAAGAAUAAAGACCUAACUUGUUCAACCUUUCUCUGUAACUUUGGUGCUGAAACCCAGGUAACAUUCUAGUAAAUCUCCUCUGUGAUUACAACGCCAUCACCAUCAUCAUUAUCAUCACCGUCACCAUCACCCUUAUCAUCACAGUCACCAUCACUGUCUCUUGUCACUGUCAUUGUCACCAUCAUCAUUAUCAUCAUCAUCAUUACCAUGACCCUCAUCCUCACCAUCACCUUCAACAUCACUGUCAUCGACAUAACCAUCUUCGUCAACGUCACCAUCAACAUCAUCACUGUUACUGUCAUCAUCGCCAUCUUCGUCACCAUCUUCACUAUUACAGUUACUGUCAUGGUGACUGUAACCAUCGUCAUCACUGGCACCAUCACCGUCUCUUGUCACUGUCAUUGUCACCAUCAUCAUUAUCAUCAUUACCAUGACCCUCAUCAUCACCAUCACCUUCAACAUCACUGUCAUCGACAUCACCAUCUUCGUCAACGUCACCAUCAACAUCAUCAUCACUGUUACCGUCAUCAUCGCCAUCUUCGUCACCAUCUUCACCAUUACAGUUACUGUCAUCGUCACCAUCAUCAUCACUGGCACCAUCACCAUCAAUAUCACUGUCACCGACAUCACCAUCAUCAUCACUGUCACUUUCAACAUCACCAUCACCGUAAUCAUCACCAUCAUCAUUGUCAUUGUCACCACCAACCUUCAACAUCACCAUCACCCGCACUGUUAUCAUCACCAACUAUGCUACCAUCACAAUCACCAUCAACGUCAUUGUUACCAGCACUGUCAACAUCACCAUCACCAUUACAGUCACUGUAAUCAUCACCAUCACCGUAUCUGUCACUAUCAUCAUCAUCAACAUCACUGUCUUCGUCACCGUAUCUGUCAUUGUCAUCUUCAUCACCAUAUCUGUCACCAUCAACACCACUAUCACGUCACUGCCACAGUCACCGUCAUCAUCCUGUCACUGCCACCAUCAUCAAUGCCAUCACCAUAUCUGUCCCUGUCAUCUCCAUCUUCGUCACCAUAUCUGUCAUCGUCACCGACAUCCUUAUCACUAUCACAGUCAUCAUCACCAUCAUUACCUCCGUCACAGUCAACAUCACUGUUAUCAUCACAGUCACCAUCAUCAUCCUAUCACUACCACUGCCACCAUCUCCAUCACCUUCAUCAUUAGUCACCAUCACUGUCAUCAUCAAUGUCAACAUCUCCAUCAGCUCAAGAUCACCAACACCAUCACCAUAACGAUCACAGUCUCCACCACUGUCACCAUGACCAACACCGUCGUCAUCACCAUCACCACUCCACUGUUACAAUCCCCAUUACCAUCACUCCAUUGUUCUUCACCAAUUCUCCAUCAUCACUGUCCUCCGGUCACUGACCUACCCUACCAAUGUCAAGACACAAACUCCACCCACCAUCACUGACUCACUAUUCCCAACUCCCCCCUCACUACUCUCCCUUUACUGAUCUGGCACACUGUCACUAACUGACCAACGUUGUUCCAACACUGACGGCUUCCAUCAUCCUCAUCCACCUUUUACAUCUGGCAUUUCACACAUCAACAACUUCACCAAAAAAUCUAUUGGUUGGGCCAUCGUCAAACACCAAUCCUUUCAUCACUGAUUGAUUAUCACCACCCAGACAAACCAUCAUUGAUCUCCAUCCCCACCUGUUGGCCCAUCUUCAUCAGCCAGUCCCACUGCAUAAUGACCUGUCAACACUAACUGGCCCAUCCUCACCAAUUUACCUACCAGAAGCACCAUGACCAACACAUCUCUACCAACUGCCCAAUUGUCACACGAACACAACCAGUAGGGAAAGCAACAGGCUGGUAGGCAGAGAGGGUUACAGCAUCGGGUCAGGUCAUUUGACCCAGCAGGUCCACACCAACCAAUGGGCACCUCUCUAUAUUAAUCCGAUCUUCCAGCACUUCGUCUUCAGCCUCAGUGAUCUGAAGUAUUUGUCUAGACACUUCUGAAGCACUGCCAGAAAAACUUUCCACCACUUUCUGCGUUUUCUUCUCCAACUGGAUAAUUUCUCUAAAAAACUUUUUCUACAUUCUCAAACUUCCCACCAAUAACACUUGGAAAGCUCCCAAGAAUUACAAAGUGCAAUUUUUUGUUACCUCCUUCUCCCUCCCAGCUUCUUAUCGAUUAUGGCAGGGUCCGGGCGAUUAAUCUAAGAUCCCUGGCAAUAUUUUGAGUGCCGUGGACACUGGCAGGCAGGGCUCUCAACGUGCUCUCCCUUCAUCAGAAAUGGGUUGACGUCCUACCUCACAUACUCUGCACGGCGCAUCACAAUUAGUCUUUCUACAGAAAUAAUUGAGUUCAUAUUUUUUUCUGACAUGCUCGUGCUCUUUUGACGGUGUCGACUGAGAGACCAGCAGCAAGGCUCCAUGUCAGCCGGUUAGCUUCGUGCUACAGCAGUGGGAAAGGGUUAGUUUUAUGCGAAGGCAAGGAAAUGGCCCGACCAGCAUCUGUUCCUCAACCAGCAGCAGCCUGGCCGCAAGAAAAACCUACCUGCGAUCCUGUUGGGCACCAAAUGGGCUGCUGCGUUUAACACAAUAACAACUAAACACUUAGGUAAACAACUAAACCCAAGUCCCUUUCUGCCUCUCUCCCCUUUCAACUUUCUACUUCUUUAUCUCUACAGUUCUUUCAUGCUUAUCCCCUCCCCCUCUCCCUAUAGCUUUCCUCUGAUUGGUUUUCCACCUGACGCCUCUAGGCCCUACCCCCUCUCCUAUCUCUAUUACUGGGCUUCGGCCCUCUCUUCCCCCCCCCCCCUAUUCCUGAUGAAGGGUCUCGGCCCGAAAUGUUGGCUACUCUUUUCUCACGGAUGCUGCCUGGCCUGCUGAGUUCUUCCAGCGUUGUGUGCGUAUUCUUUGAUCCACAGCAUCUGCAGUUGUAUAUUUGUGUUUAGGUAGUACCUGACACCCCUAACACACUUUGCAGAGGUGUUUCCUGAGAAAAAUAUGCAGAAGGGACCAUGAAUCCAACCCCUAGAGGAGGAGAGAGAUCAAGAAGGAUAUUGAAAAGAAAACAAGGAAUAGUGGCUAAAUUCUGAUGUUCGGGAUCUUGGUGUUGCCUUCAACAGUCAAACCUGUAGCUCAGCUGGUGAGUGAAGUCCUUGUUUGUCUAACGGAGUUUAGUUGUGAGUUGGGGUUCUCAAUAGUUAACCGGAAGCAAUUGAUGUCAUAGAACUCACCAUAUACAAAUGUCCAUGGCAUUGGCAUUGGCCACCGUUGGUUGUGCACAUUGUGCCAACCACUACCCUCUUAUAUCCACCUGUGUACCCUAGUAUUUACCUCCUCACUCACCGUUACGCCGCUGGUGUUUAGGGCAACAAUGAAGGUCCCCCCUUUUCUGGUAGUUUUCAGGGCUUCCUUCAUCAUGACAAUAGCUUGGUCUUCACUACUGUCAGUCAUGCAAGUCCCUGACUCAGAAAUAUUGUCCCACACAGAUGCUGAAGGAUUUUUCAUUGCUGUUUCCGUAACUGUUUUGUUUGGCUCUGAAUCCCUCCCAUGAGCUUCUCCUGUACAAUGUCGACCACCUUCUUCCUUAUAUCUUUGAUGUCCAUGCUAACUUUGCUUGGUGCCAUCCCUUCUCCCUUCCUUCCCUCCCUCUCCCUCCUUCCUCUCUCAUUUGUUCUCCUGCCCCCUUAAGUCCUCUUUUCAUUUCUUUCUGUUAUAACUUCUCCCUACCCAUAUCAAACUGUACUUUCCCGUUUUCUCUCUAAUUGUCUUCCUUUGCAAAUCAUCUUCAUCCUCCCACCUGAGACCACAUCUUCUUCAUUCCCCUACUCUCUGCUCUCUCAUCAUUCCCUCCUUCCAACUCCCCCCCCAUUUACUCCAGAACACCUAUAUCCAUAUCCCACCCUUUCCUCAUCUCUCCCCUCACUUGAUCUCUGCAAGCCACGCAUCAACUCUCCCCCUCCCUCCUCACCUACACCUCCUACCAUCUCCCCUCCUCUUACUCAUUCCCUCCUAACAACUCUUCACAAAUUUCACACCAUCCAUUUCCCCCUUCAACAUUUCACUCCAAUCACCUCAACAUCCCUCCCUCGCUCUUCCCUUUCAUCCCCUCUGCCUCUCCCCGCACCUUAUGGUCUUCGGCCUCCUUUGAUGCCCAUCUGCCUUAUUCUCUCUCGAUCUCACUCUUUACCCAAACACUAGUCCUGGGAACCCUUUUUUGCUUCCUUCUCACCUCUAUCUGCCUCUCUCUUUCUAACCUGCACCUCCCUUAUUCAUCUUUCAUUCUCUCUUUUUAUUACUAAUUUAUCUUCUCUGUCAACAUUGAACAGCACCUUUUGGCCCACAAUGUUGCACCAAACCAUCUAAAAAGUAAAUUUUAAACAACCCAAAAACUAAUCCCACCUAUGUCCAUAUCCCUACAGCUUCCUCAUAUUCAUGUGCCUAUUUAAACAUCAUUUUUGACUCUACCACCAUUCCAGGCAUCCACCACUCUGAGUAAAAAUCUUACCCUUCACAUCCCCUUUGAACCUAUUUCAUUCACUUUCAGUGCAUACCCUCUUAUAUUAGACAUUUCUUAUUUUUUGCCCCUUACAUCCCUGGUGUUUAGGGCAGCAAUGAAAGUCCUCCAUCUCUGGUGGUGUUCAAGGCACCCUUCGUCGUGUAAGUAACUUUCUCUCGGUUUUCACUACUGUCAGUCCUGCAAGUCCCGGGUGGAGACACAGGAAUACCGUCACACUCAGAUGUAGAAGGAUUCUUUGUUGCUGUUUCCAUAACAGUUUUGUUUUACUAGUCAGGGUUGUUAGCCCGAACCUGGAGGACCGGUGGACCACUCUUGGUCUGGCCUCUGCCUUUUGACCCGGUUAGCAUGGGUGACCCUUCUAACAGGCACAAAGCCCUGACUCCAGCCAACAUAGCUCUCCAGGUCAUUGAGGCAUGGAAGCCUGCAACCCCUAUGACAAGGUUAUGGUCCUCUUGGAGGAUUAGAUGUUUCUACCCUGGGAAAAAGAUACUAUCCAUUCAUUUUGGUCCUCUGCCAUUCUACACCCCCAACCUCCCCUGUUGCUCUCUGUGUCUUAUUUUUCUCCCCCCCCCCUCACCCGCUGGGUGACUCUCUCCACCCUACUAUAUACCUCCUUUGCAUUUUCCCAUUCUACUUGUUCAUUCAAUGCUCUACAUCCAUUCCUUUGUCUGGUUUCUUACCUUUAGCUCGAGCUUUUAGGUUCUGUACAUCCCUCUCUCCCUUGUCCUGACUCCUCUCUUCCACCAUCUCCUGCAGCCCCUGAAGUCCGGCUGUUUUUCUCUGCCAUACCAUUAAGAUGGAAAGAUGGCAAAGGAGGUUCUGGGACUUGAGGGACUGAGUUACGGAGAGAAGUUGAGAAGGUUGGGACUUUUUACGUUGGGGCGUAGGAGGAGGGGUGACUCCACAGAGAUGUACAAAAUAGAUAGGAGAGAGUCACACUCUUACGGGGACUCGAGGGACUGAGCUACGGAGAGAAGUUGAGAAGGUUGGGACUUUUUACGUUGGGGCGCAGGAGGAGGGAUGACCGUACAGAGCUAUGUAAAAUUCCAAAGAGCAUAGAUAGGGUCAGUGUGCACUGACCCUAUCUAAGAGGCACUGGGUGAAAUCGAGAGCUGGACAGCACUGGUUUGAGUGAUUUCAAAGGAUCCCGAGGGGAAACCUCUUCUCCCAAAGGGUGCUCAGUGUCUGGGACGUGUUACCAAAGAAAGCCACCUGGGCAUGCAAGCCUCCAAACCCUAUGUUACACUAACAAUAGUUAGUACAUUAACAACAGUUUGAAAGUACUUGAGCAGGUACACGGAUAGGAAAUGUUUAGUGCAGGCAUUCCCAUCCUGGGGUGCACAGACCCCUUGCUUAAUGGCAUUGGCCCAUGGCAUAAGAAAAGUUUGGGAACCCCUGCUUUAGAGGGAUGUGGGCCAAAAGCAGGUAAAUGAGACUCGCUUAGAUGGGUUUCUUGUUCAGCACUGACCAGUUGGGCCGAAGGGCCUGGAUCUGUGUCCGCAGCUCACUAUCCCUUCGACGCAUUCCUCAUAUUUGAAACUCUAAUGUUCUCCCUGUCUCUGUCAUCCCUGUCUCACAACUUCUUGCUUACUUCCAUCCUGAUUCAUCAGUUCACUGUGUAUUGUCGCGUACUUGCAGUGCAAAGUCAUAUUGCAGCAAGAUGCCGUGGAGUCCACCAACCACCAUGUCUGGAUAUUUGCAGACUGGUGCCAAGGGAUAUCCCUGCCGAUGCCCUUGGGUAUCCUUGAUGUGAUUGGUUAUCCUUAGUGUGAUGUCUUGGGAUAUAUUUAUAUUUGGAUAUCAUCUGUGUGAUGUCACAGAUGAUCCUUUGAUGCUAUUGGUUAUGCUUAGUGCAUUGUAAUCUGAAAUUAGCUGGCAGUCAAAAUGGCACCUUAUCAUUUUCAACCACUAAGGCAUUUUGUGAAUGAAAAAUUUACCUCUGACUGUCUCCAAUGUACUAAAAGUUCUAAUGUACUUUAUAGAUUUUUGACUUUAUCAGUAGCAGAAUGCUCAAAUGCACAUACAGUACUGUGGAAAAGUCUGAGACAUGCUAGGUUCUGUACAUGGUUUCAGAAGGUGAUCUCGACAUCAUCGAGGCCGUCUAGGAUUACCUGGAGAGACAGAAGUGAGACAGGCAAAGUCUGCAGAACUGUGGCAAGUUCUCCAAGAUGCCUGGAACAACAUACCAGUUGAUUUUCUUAUAAAACUGCACAACAGGGUACCUAAGAGAAUUGAUACUAUUUUAAAGGGUGCCGGUGUGUGGCCAAGUGGAUAAGGCUUUGGUCUAGUGAUCUGAAGGUCGCUAGUUCGAGCCUCGGCUAAGGCAGCGUGUUGUGUCCUUGAGCAAGGCACUUAACCACACAUUGCUCUGCGAUGACACCGGUGCCAAACUGCAUCAGCCCUUGCCCUUCCCUUGGACAACGUCAGUGGCGUGGAGACGGGAGACUUGCAGCAUGGGCAACUGCCGGUCUCCCAUAAAACCCUGCCCAGGCCAAUGCCCUGGAAACCUUCCAAGGUGCAAAUCCAUGGUCUCUCAAGACUAACGGAUGCCUAAAAAAAAGGCAAAGGGUGGUCACUCUGGGUAUUGAUUUGAUUGAGCUCUUUGUUGUUUACUGCUCUUUAUGGUAAAUUUUUCGAUGUUUCAAGACUUUUCAUUGUUUUUGAAAGCAUCUUCGCUUUCCAGAUUUUUUUUUUACAAUGGCCUUAGACUUUUGCACAGUACUAGAGAAAGUUAUAUUCCCAGACCCCUCUGCCUGGAAUGCAUCAUCGACUGGUGGGGUGAGAGAGGGAGGGAGGGAGGGUGGGACAGGACAGUGCACCAAUCUGCAGCUCCAGGGGGUGGAAGUUCAACCCAGACCCCCCCCCCCAAGGCAAUAAUGGCGCCGUGAUCGGAGGCAGCGCCAUCAUUUGCAGCUCGAAGGAGGUACGGGCCUGUGAUCUGCGCGCUGGACGGUGCGGGGAAAGGGGCACGAUGCAACACAAGCCAGGAGCAGCCCGGCCAAACACCGUGGGUAACAAUGUACAGAACGCGUCUCACACGUGUCCCGGGACUGGAACGGUGAACUAGGGAACACGUUAUUACUUAACCCGUGGGGAUCCCUGUGAUGGGGGCAGGAGGUGUGGCAAGAAAACACUAUAUAAGAUAAUAAUUAUAUGUAUGGAGAAAGAGGUAUCUGGAUUUUGUAUAUAUGAUUCGCAUUUAUCUGAAAUUUGCAUAUAAUUGUACUGAUUCAACCUUGCACUAUGUCAGUCCAGUACCUUCAAGAAUCUGAAGGGCGUCUCAUGUAUUGAAGGUGUUCAACCGAUGUUUUUACGAUGAACCUUUUGUGGGUUGCAAUAUAAUUUUAUUGUCCCAUACCUGCUGCUUUGUACACUCUGUAUCGUAAAGCCUAUCUUGUGUCUGGAGGAGGACCCCGGUGGGGUUGGGGGGGGGAUGACUUCGGGCACCUCUGCCGACCCCCUGCUUCGUUGAGCAGGUUUGACCAAGAGGCGCGUCCCUGACACUGUGUUACGAGUCCAUUUUUAAAAAAAAACAAAAAGCGUUAUUUAAAAAUGUGAGUGAGGAAGAUGAUGGGUUUGUGGCAAAUGAAGAAAAUUGUAUUUAAAAAAAGUUUUUAUAAUAAAACACAU